GGCAUCCCCUCGGACCAGCCUCUUCGACUUCAGAUCAUCUGUACCCUGCGAAUUGCUCCCAGUCAUCUAUUUAUUCUUUAUGUGUGUAGCUAUCCGGGUUUGAGACUAAAAGAGAAAUAUCCCAAUGCUUAAUCUUCUGGGUUUAUCACCCGCCAUGGAUGCCGUAGGGUGGAGAGGACUGCUCUACGCAAUCUCCAUUCUUAAUUUUGUUUUGGUCUGCCAGCUCGUUCUCCUUCAACCUCUGGUCUCCUCUUCGGAGGGAAAAUCUGGAAAUGCUGCUGAGUUAUUUGAGAGGGUGUCACACAGUAUAAAAGUGAAGCGUUAUACGGAGGCGCUUGAUGAUUUAAAUGCUGCCAUUGAAGCAGAUCCCACCCUUUCAGAAGCAUACCUACGCCGGGCAUCACUUCUUCGCCAGAUAUGCAGAUACAAGGAAUCUGAGGGGAGCUACAGAAAGUUUUUGGAGAUGAAACCUGGAAAUUCAGCAGCAGAAAAGGAACUCUCUCAGUUGUUGCAGGCCCAAAGUGCUCUAGAAACGGCUCAAUCAUUCUUUGAUUCGGGCAACUUCUCAAAAUCCUUGGAAUACAUCAAUAAAAUAGUGCUUGUUUUUUCUCCUGAAUGCUCAAAGGCUAAGCUUCUAAAAGUAAAGCUGUUGAUUGCUGAUAAAGACUAUGAAGAGGCCAUUGCGGAGUCUGGAUUCAUUCUUAAGGAAGAUGAGAAUAAUUUAGAGGCAUUGUUGCUUCGAGGGCGUGCAUACUAUUAUUUGGCUGAUCAUGAUGUUGCCGUGAGGCAUUACCAGAAAGGUCUCCGCCUAGAUCCUGAGCAUAGUGAACUGAAAAAAGCAUAUUUCGGAUUGAAAAAUCUACUGAAAAAGAGUAAAAGUGCUGAAGAUAAUGUCAGUAAGGGUAAACUGCGGGUGGCCGUGGAGGAAUUCAAAACUGCACUGGCAGUUGAUCCUAAGCAUCUUGCACAUAAUGUACAUCUGCAUCUUGGCUUGUGUAAAGUUUUGGUUAGACUUGGUAGGGGAAAAGAUGCUUUGAACAGUUGUGAUGAAGUUCUUAAGAUCAAUGAAGAUCUCGUUGAAGCUCUUGUUCAGAGGGGAGAAGCUAAACUUCUAACAGAGGAUUGGGAGGGAGCUGUUCAAGAUCUGAAAUCAGCCACUCAAAAAUCUCCUCAGGAUAUGAAUAUUCGUGAAGCUUUGAUGAGGGCUGAAAAAGCUUUAAAGAUAAGCAAGCGCAAAGAUUACUACAAGAUUCUGGGGAUUUCAAAAACGUCUUCUAUGUCUGAGAUAAAACGUGCCUACAAGAAACUUGCUUUGCAGUGGCACCCUGAUAAGAACGUGGACAACAGGGAAGAAGCAGAGGCUAAAUUCCGAGAAAUUGCUGCUGCAUAUGAGGUUCUGAGUGACGAAGAUAAACGAACCAGAUAUGACAGAGGGGAAGACCUUGAAGACAUGGGAAUGGGUGGGGGAGGCGGAGGUUUCAACCCCUUUGGUGGCGGGGGCCAGCAGUUUACCUUUACUUUUGAGGGAGGCUUCCCUGGUGGAUUUGGGGGCUUUCCUGGCGGCGGCGGCGGCGGCUUUGAGUUUCAUUUUUGAUUGAUGAUCAUGGAAAGUUGCGACUUUUAUUGAGGAGCUCACAAAUGAUAUGACUAAUUUCUAACGGCUGUUGGGAUAAAUGGGUAGGCCAUCUGCAUAGGCUUGUAAGUUGUAAGAUAAGAAAUGACUUUAGAGAUGAUGUUUGUAGAAAAUUUUGUUUGGAUCUGCUUUAGCCUAUGCAGGAAGUGAGGGGCCUGGCAGUCAUUAUACAUUUGCUUUUUUUUUUUUUUUACCAGAAUUAU